UCAGCCUCCCUCCCCUCCCCCCCUCGCUUUAACGUCUCCUGAGGGACUAAUAUGGUCGCCAGCGAUGGAGCCGGCCAGGCCAGACUGCCCGUUCCAGCACUUAAUUGAGCUAUUGAAGGACAGUACAGGAAAGAAAUUCUACAACGUCGCUAAACUCGGAGGCACCAAAUAUGAUAGCCUGCCUUACUCCGUACGGGUCCUGUUGGAAGCCGCCGUCCGCAACUGGGAUGGCUUCCUAGUGAAAGAAGAAGACGUGAUGAAUAUCUUGGACUGGAAAACAAAACAGAACCAGGUUGAAGUGCCCUUCUGUCCCGCCAGGGUUCUCCUCCAAGAUUUUACUGGGAUUCCUGCAAUGGUGGAUUUUGCCGCUAUGAGGGAAGCUGUGAAAAAUCUUGGAGGAGAUCCCAUGAGAGUUCACCCUGCCUGCCCAACAGAUCUCACCGUGGACCAUUCUUUGCAGAUCGACUUCAGUAAAUGUGCAAUACAGAACACUCCCAAUCCUGGAGGCGGCGAUCCGCAGAGGCCGCCGGCAAAACUGUCCCCGCUGAAAGCGCCCUGCAGAGGUCGGGCCAGCUGCAGAGGGCCGUGCGACGGCGAGUCGAGCCGCAGCGCGGGGCCGCUUUCGGUGCAGAUUGAGAACACGCCGCUGCUGUGUCCUUUCCAUCUUCAGCCAGUGCCCGAGCCUGAAACAGUGUUAAAAAACCAGGAGGUGGAAUUUGGUAGAAAUAGAGAGAGACUCCAGUUUUUCAAGUGGGGCUCCAAAAUGAUCCAGAACGUCUCAGUAAUUCCUCCUGGAACAGGAAUGGCCCACCAGGUGAACUUGGAGUAUUUGUCCAGAGUGGUGUUUGACGUUAAAGAUUUCCUCUACCCGGACAGCGUUGUUGGCACUGAUUCCCAUACAACAAUGGUGAAUGGCUUGGGAAUCUUGGGAUGGGGUGUCGGUGGCAUCGAAACAGAGGCGGUCAUGCUCGGAAUGCCAGUCGUCCUGACCUUGCCCGAGGUGGUUGGGUGUGAACUGACCGGCUCGGCCAGCCUGCUCGCCACAUCAAUAGACAUCGUCCUGAGCAUCACGAAGCAACUGAGGCAAGCAGGAGUGUCUGGGAAAUUCGUGGAGUUCUUCGGGUGCGGCGUUUCCCAGCUCUCCAUAGGCGACCGAACCACAAUUGCCAAUAUGUGUCCGGAGUACGGGGCUGUUUUGAGCUUUUUCCCUAUCGACAAUGUGACGCUCAAGCAUUUACAACACAGAGGCUUUGACGAGGUGAAGCUGAAAUCCAUGGAAACAUAUCUUAAAACUGUGAAACUGUUUAGAAACGAUCAGCUUUCCGCAGGAGAACCUGAAUAUUCCCAGACUGUACACAUAAAUCUGGGCUCCAUAGUGCCGUACGUCAGUGGCCCCAAAAGGGCACAGGAUCGAGUGGCCGUUACAGAUAUGAAAAGCGAUUUCCAGGCAUGCUUAAAUGAGAAGGCUGGCUUUAAAGGCUUUCAGAUCCCCCCCGAGAAGCAAAACGACGUCGUUCCGGUCGAGUUCGAAGGGAACGAGUACCAGCUGGCUCACGGGUCGGUGGUCAUCGCAGCGGUGAUCAGCUGCACAAACAACUGCAACCCCUCCGUCAUGCUAGGAGCAGGCUUGUUGGCCAAAAAAGCCGUUGAAGCUGGACUGACGGUGAAACCUUAUAUAAGAACUAGCUUGUUGCCCGGCAGUGGAAUGGUCACGCACUAUCUCAGUUCCAGUGGAGUACUGCCAUACCUCAAGAAACUUGGAUUUGAUGUAAUUGGCUACGGAUGCUCCACAUGCGUUGGGAACACUGCUCCUUUGCCAGAAGCGAUCCAGAAUGCGAUAAUGCAGGGCGACUUAGUUGCGUGUGGAGUUUUGUCUGGAAACAAAAACUUUGAAGGCCGCCUCUGUAGCUGUAUUCGUGCCAACUACCUUGCUUCUCCACCUUUGGUCGUUGCUUAUGCUAUAGCUGGGACUGUGAAUGUCGAUUUCCAGACUGAGCCAUUAGGGAUUGAUCCCACCGGCAAAAGCAUCUUCUUGCAUGAUAUUUGGCCCAGUCGAGAAGAGCUUCAGCAAGUGGAAGAAGAGUUGGUGAUAUCAUCCAUGUUUAAAGACCUGAAGGAGAAAAUGGAGAAAGGUAAUAAGCGGUGGGAUUCUCUGGAUGCGCCAGAGUCGGUUUUAUUUACGUGGGAUUGGAAAUCGACGUAUAUUAGAUGCCCUUCUUUUUUUGAUAAGCUUGCCAAAGAACCACCACCUCUUCAGUCCAUUGAAAACGCGCACGUCUUGCUGCAUUUGGGGGAUUCCGUCACAACCGACCACAUCUCGCCAGCUGGGAGCAUCGCGAGAGGAAGCGCAGCUGCCAGAUACUUGUCAAACAAAGGCCUUACCCCCCGUGAGUUCAAUUCGUACGGCGCUCGGCGCGGGAACGACGCUGUCAUGACGCGAGGUACCUUCGCGAACAUCAAGCUCUUCAACAAAUUCAUUGGGAAGGCGGCUCCUAAAACGGUUCAUUUCCCGACAGGGAAGACGAUGGAUGUAUUUGAUGCAGCAGAGGCAUAUCAGAAAGAGAACAUCCCUUUGAUUAUCUUGGCAGGCGCGAAGUACGGACUCGGGAACUCCAGAGACUGGGCUGCCAAAGGACCAUUCUUACUAGGGGUGAGAGCAGUUAUUGCUGAAAGCUAUGAGAAGAUCCAUAAAGGGCAGCUGAUCGGGAUUGGCAUCGCUCCGCUUCAGUUCCUCCCUGGGGAAAACGCGAGUUCCUUGGGCCUGACCGGCAAAGAGCAGUUUUCUAUCCCCUUUCCUCAAAAGCUCUCUCCUGGAAUGACCCUUGAUGUAAAGACAAAUACCGGAAAACUGUUCCGUGUGAUCGCCUCUUUCGACAGCGAUGUGGAAGUAACAUUAUACAGACAUGGCGGCAAUCUUAACUAUAUGGUCCGAAGGCUCUUGUAGAGCCCAACUGGGCGUCUUUG